GGCCAUACAUCAGAGGCCGGUCAGGGCGGUCAACAAGCUGAGGGGGGCAUCGGCGAAGAAGAGGCUGCCGAGGAGGCCCUCUAGAGCAAGAGGCGGAGGACUUAGACUAUGGACUAGCCUGCCCAGUCCUCCAACACUGGCAAAGGACGCGGCGAGCCCCGAUCCUUCGCCCUGAUGGUCCCGUCUGAUGAGGAACUCUUCCAAGCCUUCCGCUCUGAUUUGCAAGAGGUCGGCCGGAUCGGCCAGGAAUGGUUCACCCGGCUGGUGAAAUCCAAGGAUGAGGAGAAGGCCCGGCUGGAGGGCAUGAUGGUGGCAUGCCAGAAGGAUGCCCAAGCCGCCCACCAGAAGGCGGAGAAGGCCGAGGAGAAGCUGUUGGAGCAUUGUGUAGCCUUCCGCAAGCUCUACGCAAAGCACGUAGGACUGUUGAAGGCCUCAAAAGAAGCCGAUGCCCAGGCUUAGGAGAAAAUCUUAGAGCUUGAGGGGGAGAGGGCAGAGCUAUAGGAAGAGGCCGCAAAGCUGAAGGAAGAAUCCGCACGGCCAGCUCAUGAAAUCGCCCAGCUGAAGGCGGAGCUUGAAAGGGAGAGAAGUGACCGGGCCACUUAUGCUGCAGCCUAGGCAGCCGAAGAGCCAGAACAGUUUGCUGCCCGGGAAAUCUCAAACCGGGAGCCCACCAUUCGGUUCUUCCAAGGCCUGUACAAACACGAGGAAUUGGCCAAGGUCAUCGAUGAGAUCGGGACCUUUGGUUUC